AUGGCCUCCCAACUUCUCCCCCUCGAGCUUAUCGACAAGUGUGUUGGCUCCCGGAUCUGGGUUGUCAUGAAGGGUGACAAGGAGUUCUCCGGCACCCUCCUCGGCUUCGACGACUACGUCAACAUGGUUCUGGAGGAUGUUACUGAAUUCGACUACACCGGUGCCCAGAUCAAGCUUCCCAAGCUUCUCCUGAACGGCAACAACAUUUGCAUGUUGAUCCCUGGCGGAGAGGGCCCUGGAAGCGCAUGA